GGAGGAUGCUGAUGAGGAAAGGAGGACAGUGAUAAGAGGCCUGGGACAGAUGGUAGCAGACUGGGAUGUACGAGGAGAGAAGUAGCAUAAGAAUCUAGGCGUGGAUUUAAGCAAACCAGUUCCCCACAAUCAUGGCGUAUUACUGUGGAACCGGAAGAGCUGAUCAUGAAACACAGCUAGUUGACUUGUCCUUAAUGGAACGGGAGCCACAAUGCCUUGAGAACUUCCAACUAAGCCGUAGCUUCUUCCUCGACACGGACAUGAUGCAGGAGAAAAUGGAACUGAGUUUGGAGCUGCUUCCAAGUUCCACCACCACUGACUGCAACAACCUGAGACGAUCCAACAGCGCCCCUUUGAUCAAUGGACUUAGUGACAGCUCACAGGUGUUCCAAACUGACACGUUAAGAAUUAGAAGAAACAGUGCAACAUGUAUGAGUCAACAGUGUCUGUUGUUGCCACCUUCGCCCAUUUGUAAUUCCAUCAGCCGCCUUCAUCAAAUCAAACAGGAAGAAGGCAUGGAUUUAAUAAAUAGAGAAACAGUGCAUGAAUGGGAGGUACAGAAUGCACUAUGGAUAAGUCAAUCUUGGGACGAAAGUUUGAGCCUGAAUGACAACGAUCUAGAGGAAUCAUCCUCUCUAGAGUGCAUUGAUUCAAUUCUGGUAUCCCCAGUGGCUUCUCCCACCAGGGGGAUUGGGAAGCAAUGUUUUUCUCCGUCUUUACAAACUUGUGUGAGUUGCACCGGUUUGCCUACAAGUCCUAUUCCCAGUCCUUCACGACAAUUUACAAUAAGAAGUCAAAGCCCCACCAACAUUCUUAGACCAAGUAUCCUUGGAAAAAGAAAAGGUGAAAUGGCACUUGAAUAUCAGCCAAAGAGGUUUUUCCAAGGCACAACCAACAUGCUUUCUUCUGAUAUUUCCCAACUGUCAGAAAAAAAUAUGUGGGAGAAGAGCUGGCUUAGUCAGAUAUAGACGCUUCUCAGUCUGCUCAAGCCACUACCAAUGAACUGGCUCCAUCUGAAACAUCGGAUCCAUAGAUAAAAUAAAAGAAAGGCACAUGCA